AUGGCUUCCGAAUCCGCUAUCAACGGCACUUUCAGCUCGCAGAACGGUUAUGGAUCGAUAGAGCAGGCCGGCUACACCGCCGCCAGUUACCCUUCCUCCAACCCCUCCGCGCCUUCCCAAUCAAACAACUCCGCUGCCGAUAUUCCCAAGGAUGAGGUUGGUUGGUACUUCGUCGAGCAGUACUACACCACCCUUAGCCGCAGCCCCGAAAAGGUCUACCUCUUCUACAACAAGCGCUCACAAUUCGUAUCAGGCAACGAGACCGAGAAGGUCGAGGUAUGCGUGGGACAACGGGCCAUCAAUGAGCGCAUCAAGGAGCUUGAUUUCUCCGAAUGCAAGGUCCGCGUUACCAAUGUCGAUUCCCAGGCCUCGGACGAUCACAUCGUCAUCCAGGUCAUCGGCGAGAUCUCGAACAAGUCUGCUCCUCACAAGAAGUUCACCCAGACAUUCGUUCUCGCUGCCCAGACCAACGGCUACUUUGUCUUGAACGACAUCUUCCGUUACAUCAUUGAAGAGGAGGAUGAGGCCGAGGCCACUGGAGAGUCCGCUGCUGUCCAGGAGCCUGCCCCCGCCGCUGCUCAAGAGCCCGAGCACGAGACUUUGACAAGCUCAGAGGACCCCGCCGCCAUUGAGAAGGAUGCCGCCAAGAUUGACAAGGUUAUUGAAGAGAAGAUCAUCGCCGAGAAGCCUGAGGAGGAGGAGACUGCUGCUCCUGCUGCUGUCAACGGCUCGACCAAGGCUGAGCCCGCCGAGGUCGCUGAGGCUGAGGAGGCUCCUGCCGCUGCUGUCCAGGAGGCCGCUGAGACUCCUGAGGCCGCCCCCGAGGCCGUCCCUGAGGUUCCAGCUGCACAGGAAGAGCUGCCCGUCGAGAAGCCCAAGGACCCUGAACCCACUCCCGCCGUUCGUUCCCCCGUCAAGCAGGCCGCUCAGCCCGCAAAGGCUGCUGCGCCUUCCAAGCCUGCUGCUCCCGCUGCACCUGCCGCUCCCAAGACCUGGGCUAACCUCGCCGCUGCCGCUCACCGCGUCGCUACUCCCGUUGUUACUCCCCAGCCUUCGACUGCCGCCCCUGCUCAGCCCAAGGCCGCUCCUCAACCCGAGUCCACUACCAAGCCUGCACCUGCAGCACCUGUUCAGGACGCUCCUGCCGCUGCUCCUGCCCGUGAAUCGUCUCCCGCCGCCCCUUCCGCCGACCAACAAGAGGAGUGGACCAGCGUUGGUGACAAGAGACAGCAGAACAAGGGCCAGGCCGCUGCCGGUGCUCAAGAGACACCUCAAAACCGCGCCUACGUCAAGAACGUUCACGAAAGCAUUGCUCUUCCCACCUUGAGAGAGGCAUUGGAGAAGUAUGGUGAGCUCACAUACUUCGACGCCAACCGACCUAAGAACUGCGCUUUCGUUGACUUCAAGACAAUUGACGGCUACAAGGCUGCUCUCAAGGCCAGUCCCCUCUCGAUCGGCGAGCACGCCAUUACCAUCGAGGAGCGCCGUCCCAAGUCCAACGCACCUUUCUUCCCUGGCGGCCGUGGUGGUGCCAGAGGCGGCCGUGGCGGUGCCAAUCAGGCUCCUCGUGGCUCCUUCCAAGGUGGCCGUGGCGGCGGUUCCCAGAGAGGACGUGGUGGUAACGCCUCUCGUGGCCGUGGCGGCGCCCAGGCUGCCUAA